AUGAACGAUGUCGACCCUGCUUUGGACAAGAAAAUGCGCCUCGUCAAUGAAGCCAUCGACGAGAUCGGCUGGACAAACAUGCAUCUCAAAUUGUUUGUUCUCAACGGCUUCGGAUAUGCCGCGGACUCCCUGAUCUUGCUUCUGCAGUCUGUCACUUCUACACAGGCGGGCUACGAGUUCCGACCAUCCUUUGCCAAUGGUUUGACUGUGGCCGCAUAUACCGGCAUGUUGGUCGGAGCCUUGUUCUGGGGAUUGAGUGCUGAUGUGAUUGGACGAAGAUUCGCGUUCAACUUCUCACUGUUCAGUUGCUCCCUUUUCGCCAUCUGUGCUGGAGCUUCACCCAACUGGACUGUUUUGGGCCUUUUUACCUGUCUGGCUGCCUUUGGGUCUGGUGGAAAUCUGAUCCUGGACACCACUAUUUUCUUGGAAUUCCUUCCCGGCGACAAACAAUGGCUUCUGACUUUGAUGGCAUGCUGGUGGGGUCUUGCCCCCGUCAUCGCAGCUGCUUUUGCAUGGCCUUUCCUGUCGAUCGAAGGGUAUUAUUGCACAUCUGCCGCGACCUGUACUUAUGACAACAACAAGGGCUGGCGAUACGUCUGGUAUAGCAACGGCGCACUGAUUUUCGUUCUCAGCGUUCUACGAGUCACCGUGAUCCGACUCAAAGAAACCCCGAAGUACUUGCUGGCCAAGGGCAAGGAUGAAGAAGUGGUGGAGACCUUCCGACAGAUUUCCCAAAAGUACAACCGACCCUGCUCACUCACUCUGGAGAAACUCGAAGCGUGCGGACCCAUCAAGUCGACCUAUGGCAAGUCCCGAUAUGGCUUCGGUGAACUCCUGGCACAUCUUCGGGGACUCUUUGCUACCAAGAAGCUGGGAUUUUCCACGUCCAUGAUCUGGUUAUCUUGGACUUUGAUUGGUCUCGCGUAUCCUCUGUUCUACGUGUUUUUGCCCCAGUACUUGAAAAGUCGCGGUGCGGACACAGGCGACGACAGCAACUAUACUACCUGGAGGAACUACAUGAUCACGAACGUGGUCGGAAUUUUCGGCCCGGUGCAAGCUGGGUUCAUGUGCAACUGGAAAGUCUUGGGUCGUCGGUACACCAUGGUGAUUGGUGCUUUGAUGUCCAUGGCCUUCUUCUUCGCCUAUACCGCUGUUCGCACAGCUUCCGAGAACCUGGGUUUCACUUGCGCCAUCUACUAUGUCGUCAACAUUUACUAUGGCACGCUUUAUGCGUAUACGCCAGAGGUUCUGCCGUCUGCUCAUAGAGCCACUGGAAACGGUAUCGCGGUCGGAUGCAACAGAGUCAUGGGUCUCGUCAGUGCCUUUGUCGCGACUUACGCCAAUACCGCCACCAGCGCGCCCAUUUUCAUUUGUGCGGCUCUUUACAUCGCGAUGGCUAUCGUGGCAAUCAUCAUGCCAUUCGAGCCAUAUGGCAAAAGGUCAAUGUAA